AGUGUCCAGGUUAAACCCGGUUAACCCGCCCGGCUAUAUUUACACCAUCAUUUUUGGCGCCGACCGUGGGACCGAUUUUUAAAGUUUUUUCGACCAGGUCAAAACUUUGCCCCCACUAAAUAUCCACAAUCAUGUCUUCAAGCGACCACAACGUUGUUUCAAGCCAUGCUGUGAGUGAAAGCACUCCUGCCAUCCCACUGAUGAUGACAAGCAUGGGGACGACCUUUGCCCCAAUCACCACUGUAGGAUCGAUUGGCAUGAUCCCGAUCAUGUCAACCCCUACUCCUACGCCAACAACAACAAUGUUCCCAGGCUCGAUAACAACGUCUGGUGGAGCAUUCACACCAUAUCCGUCAGCUUGGGCUCAGUUUACUGCUGACCCGGCAAAUGCGCAGGCUCUACAGGGCUAUCAUCAGGUGAUGGCCAUGAUCCAACAGGCAGGGGGCUUCAUGUCAUUUGCCUAUCCUAGUAUGACUCCACCAAUCAUGCCGCCUCUGGUGUCGACCCCGUCGACAUUUGUCCCUAGGAUGGUCCCUAUACGCCCGGUGAAUUUGACGGGGACCAUGAAUGAAGGAGCACCUUCAAAUGUCCACGAGGUCGAUGAGGCGGAGCAAGAGGCAGCCCGCAGGAGGAAGGGUAAGGCUAUAGCCAAACCCAGCAAGACUCGAGAUUCGGCGUUAAAACGCCUAGGAGACAAAGAGGAUGGGCCCCGCAAGUCUUCCAAGCUACGUCUUGGUCCUGAGAUGGGCCGGACUAGCGGAAUAGAAAGACUUGGUGGGAAUCGUCCUACCCAAUCACG